CAACACAUGAAGCCCGCGCUUAGAACUUCAGACACAUUGUGCACUGGAUUAGAAAGAUGGCGGCCGUGCAAGCGAGCAAAAAGGUUGUUGUGUUUGGUGGCACGGGAAAGACAGGGCUACACGUGGUACAACAGGCGCUUGAUAGAGGUCACCAUGUGACUGUCAUCGCUAGAAGUCCAGAGAAAAUGACGAUCAAGAAUGACAACCUGGUUGUUGUAAAAGGAGAUAUAUUUGAUAUUGAGAGCUUCUCUCCUUCAUUUGAAGGAAAAGAUGCAAUCCUAUCCACUUUUGGAACAGCUUUUCACAGCAUCUUCAACCCAACAACGGAGUACUCUGAGUCAAUGAAGGGCAUACUACAGACUAUGAAAAAGGUGUUGAGGUGUAAUUUUUGGAGGCUGCAGAAUAAUUUUAGAUACAAAUCUUACAGGCAUGGUGUUAAUCGUCUGAUUGUUGAAACAUCAUGGGGUACUGAGGCCACUCCUGGGGGGCCGUUCUCUCUAGAGUGGAUAAUUAAGCCACUUCUUCUAAAUGGGAUGCUUAAAGACAUGGGUGUCAUGGAGCACAUGAUUGAGAAGGAAGAAGGCAUCAACUACACCAUAGUGCGGCCUGCAGGACUGACUAAUGAUCCUCCAAAUGGAAAAUACAAAAUUGAAGAAGGUGUCUACUGCAACAAAACUGGCACCACCCACCGCAUUCCACGUGCAGAUGUAGCGGCUUGCAUGCUUAAUUGCCUAGAUACAGACCAGUAUGAUAAGAAAGGCAUUGCCAUAGCGACCCUUAUUGAGCCCUCAUAAAAAAAAACAUGAAUCAUUACUCCAAUACUAGUUUUAUCAUAGUGAUAAUAAUUGCCAUUCUGCAUAUAGGCAAGCCAUCUGUUGAUAUCUUUCAUGAACUUUGUCCAUGGCUAUUAUUGAAUUUCGUUUACUCCUAAUCAAAGCAUUCUAUUUGAUCAAAACAGUCCUAGCUACAGUACCUUACUUGACAACAGCAAAAUCUUCAAAACUUGGAUAUUGUGCUUAACAAAAAAAAAUUUAUAUAAAAAAUUUACAUACCUGUAGAAUUUACAGUAACUCAUUAUGGAACAUUCAAUCGGAAGAAAGGAAGCUGUAUGCAGUUCCUGUGUAGCUAUUUCAAGAAAAACUUCUAAUAGAAUCAAAAAUCCCAAACUGUCGCGAUCUCGUACCAGAACAAUGAAUACAAUACACCAAAAACUGGAAAUCAGGGCCCCUGAAGAAGUCUUAUUAAAGACGAAAAUUUGGCAGAGUCGAUUUCCAGUUUUUGGUGUAUUGUAAGAUAAACUUCUACAUACGGUUAGUGUUAUAAUUUAAAAUUGUAGGGUUUGUAAAGCUGCUUGGGAUCACAGAUGAAGGAUUUAAAAAUUACAAAAUUAACAAAUCAAUCAAAUUAAUUUUUCGGAUAGUUAUUCUUAUAAUCAUUUUAUAUUCUUGUAAUUUGACUCGGAAGGAAAUAAAUGAGAACAAUA